AAUAAUCCUUAAACAUUGGCAACGCCUCAGAUCAGUAGGCUGCCCUGUCAACCAUUUGACAAUCACGCAUAACCUCACAUUUUAAAACAUGUGUUUGUAAAUAUUAGUGUCCUAUUACCAAAAACCUUUUUUUUUUUAAUAAAAAUAAAAAAAUGAGCGACGACAGUGACUUUAACAUAUCAGACAACGAUCUGGACGACAGCAAAGACGCCUCAAUAGUUGAAAAAGUAUUAAACUUGAACAAAUCGUCACAGUUAAAGAAACCUUGCCGUACAGAACCGGCCCUACAAAUAUCAGAAUUUAACUUGGUGAAGUCGGUUACCGGCCAAAAGGGGUCCGUCCAUAUAGACGAUUUGGCUAAGGUUCUAAAAACCCGUAAGAAACAUGCGGAAAUUAGCAAAAAAAUUGACUCGACCAAGAAGAAGAGUCACACUUUGCCGAAGCCCUUGGAGAAACCCCAGAGGGAGAAAAUCAAACGUUCGGUGGGUUACGAGAAAAACCGAUUCCUGUUUGACCGGUGGGAGGCUUUCGUUACGGCCAAUCGGGCGCAGGCACAUCACAGUUUCCCACUGGACGACUCUGAGGAUAUAAAAAUUGAAAAAAACGAGGCCGCUUCCUUCCCCAACAGUUGGACUUACAAAUCCGAUUUAGAAAAGCGUCUCGAGCAACUGGACAAAGUAGAAGAGUACAAAAUCGAGGAAGAAACCGAUAGAGACGAAACCCCACUAACACUAGAAGAACUGAAAGAAAAAAGAAAGGAGGCGGCAAAAUUACGAGCUCACCAGAGCUACAAGGAAGCGAAAGCCCGCAGACAGAAUAAAAUAAAAAGCAAAAAGUACCACAGGAUUUUACGUAAGGAGAAAAUAAAGGAAAAGUUAAAAGAGUUUGAGGAGUUACAAAAGACCGACCCCGAAGAGGCCUUGAAGAAGUUAAGUGAGAUCGAGAAGGCCAGGGCCCUGGAGAGGUUCAGCUUGAGGCAUAAGGGCACAGGACAGUGGGCCAAGAGUAAACAAGUGAGGGCCAAGUAUGAUAAAGAGAGUCGUCAAGUUUUAGCAGAGCAACUAAAAAUCAGCAGAGAAUUAACCCAAAAACAGAAAGUCGAAAGCGAAUCUGAAGAUGAGGGUUUUGUAACUGAAGAUUUUGAGGUUUCGAAUGGGAAAAACCCUUGGGUGGGAGCCGUUAAGCCCGAUAAGGACCUUAGGGAUUUCGUUAGCGGUUAUAAAAAGUUUUGGAGUGAAAAAAAUAAGGAAACUGUGGUAAACGGUGUUGACGAACUUAAAAGUGAUGAAUUAAAAGAAAAACAAGGGGGCGAUGUGAAGGUUACUAAAGUAAAAAAGAGAAAAGUGGUGCAAAGUGUGGAGGAAGUGCCGAAAUUGAAGAAAAAGAAAAGCGACAAGCCCAAAACAAAUAUGUUGAAUGCUUCCGGUGAGUGGGACAUUGAAGAUUUAUUUGAGAAUGCCGAAAGAAAAAUUGAGAAAAAGCUUAAAAAGCAAAAAGGCAUCGGAAAGGUCUCAGUUAAAAAAGUCAAGAAGCCCACAAAUAAGGCGACAAAAACAAAAGUCGACUUGGCAAUGCCCAAACAAACUAAAAAACAAAUAAUUGAUGAAGAAUUAAUAGAAAAACCGUCUACCGAACCCGAAGGAACCACCGAAAACAUAAGCAACUUAAACUCGAUAUUAAACAGUGCAGGACCAGCGAAUACAACUGCCAACCUAAAUCCUGAACAGUUCGUAAAACCCACUGCAACAACAACCCUAGAUUCCGCAAUGCCAGACCUAAUAACCGAAAACGAAAACCCCACGACUAGCCAAAGAAGCAUCAUAAUGGAGGCCCUGGAAGACAACGACAUAGAAGAAGACUUCAAUAAAGAAAAACAAGCGGAAAUCGACAAAGACAAACCGCAAGACAUCGACCUGAACUUACCGGGUUGGGGCUCGUGGGCCGGCACAGGAAUCGACCCAAAAAAGCAGCGAAAACGCAAAAGAUUCAUCGUAAAGAUGCCGAAAGAGAUGCCCAGGAGGGACGAGAACAAGGGGGCCUUAAUUAUAAACGAAAAGGCCGCCCUUAAAGCGAAACCCCAUUUGGUCUCCGAGGUUCCGUUCCCGUUUAAGAGCGUUAAGGAUUACGAGGCCAGCAUCAGGGCCCCGAUCGGGAACACUUUCGUGCCCGAGUUGGCUUUUAGGAGGUUCAUUAAACCGACCGUUGAGACUAGAAUGGGGGCGAUCAUUGAACCCGUCACCGUUAGUAAUUUAAUGGGGAAACCUAAGAAGAAAUAAAAUUAUUUUUGAGAAGUU